AUGAUCUCUAGUGUCAUGUCAACUAUUUGGAAUUCUUAAUUCAUGAAUUUGUUGUGAAGAGGAGGGAUGUGACAACGUAAAUGGCAUAGCAAGGUGCAAGUUCAGUAAUUAAUUAUGUAGAUUAUCAAAGCUAUUGUUCGAAGAUCGUGAAACUUAAAAAGUGUUCGUUUAUUCUCACGGACAACGAAGAAAGUUCGUGCUUAAUGUGAAAGGUAUUUGUUGAUAAGACUGUGUCACAUCAUGAAUGUUCGUGUCGUACAUUAAUAUUAUUACGUUGCAAAAGUUCCCACUCGUAUUACUGAUAUUGUGUUAAUCUUGAAAAAAUAAAGGCUGUUGACACGGAUGUCGCGUUUAAAGUCAAGUGACACCAUGCCUAAGAUUGGGCAUGUGACAGAUCUACGUGAACAGUGGCUGGUUCGAACCGAUGGAGCAUUAGCCCAUCAUCUACAAGAUCGUGAAAUCUCAUCGCACCUUUGCGAAAAUAGGUAUCGCAAUCAGCAAAUCCGGGAAGAUUUUCCUGUUGCUUUAAAUGAACAAAGAGAUAUAGAGCAUGAGGUGCGUAUACGUGAGCUGGCACGACGUCGGCAGGCAGAUAUAGAUUUAGAAAUAGCGCGAGAAAUGGCUGAAAUUAAUCUUCGCAGACAACAUCGCCAGCCAAACUAUGACUCACAUCCACCUAGUCCUAAACCAAGCUCUUCUAAAGCCCCUGCACCCGUGCCUACGGAUAUAGAUCCUGAAGAAUUAGGGCUUUCUGCAACCGAAAUUGAAGAAAUGAGACGUAGAAUUGAACAAGAAGAGAGAGAUGCAAGGCUAGCCCGACAACUCAGUCAGGAAAAUCAAGGUGAAGACGCACUACUUUCCGAUAUGAAAUGUGCAGUUGAGGCACAGGACGGGGAGUUGGCUAGACUACUGCAGGAGAGAGAGUAUAAAAAAUUACAAAGGGCAAAAGAAAAAGCGAGGCAAAAAGCACUGUUGAAAAAACAGCAGCGACAUGCCCAACAGCAAGUGCCUCCAUCAGAACCACCUCAAACAACCCUCUGUGAUGCUUACAGCAAUCCGCGGGACCUGAUAAGGGAGAAUGGGUUAAGACUCUGUAAAUCAGUGGAUUCAGACCUCAAUUAUGUGGAGCCUUUUGAAAAAGAGCAUAUUCAAUCUAAAGAGAGUGCAUUAUUAUCCAAAGAAUUAUCUAAACAAUAUUAUAAACAGGAAGCUGGAACUUCAAAUAGUAACUUGAAUAUCUCUCACAAGCAUUCAAAAUCAUUUGACUCAGAUACACCAAAUAUUUCUAAUUCUCAUAAAACUUCACUGCAACAUCGACAUCCUCCUCUUCCACCUUCCUCAGGCAAAAAACCAAGAUUUCCUGACCCCAUCAGCAUAAGACCAGCUUCACACUAUCCAACAGAUAAUAUUCUGUCUGGAAUUGAUAACCACAACACAUCUAUGCCUCACAGUCUUAGUGAAAAUAACAAUUUGUAUACCUCAACAUAUACUCCAGACAAUACACCUCAGCAAGGCUUUGAAAGGCCUGAUCCUUCAAAGAGAUUGUCAGUAAUAUCAGAUAUAACAGCAGAAGAUCUAGCAAAGAAAAAGAUUAAGCAGGCUGACAUACAUAAGAAAAGACGAGGAUGCAAGAUACAAUAAAACUUGAAUAGUCAGUAAACAUGAAACAGUUAAUCACUCAUUUGGUAAUGUUACAGUUAUAAUAAGAAAGGUAAAAAUAAUGAACAAAUUAAAGCCAUUUCAAUAGCCAUUUAAAAUUCAUACUUAGAAAUUUAGAGUAAAAGUUAAAAUUAAUUUAAAUAUCUGUCAGAUUGAUCUUUUUUAUUGGUUUAUAAAUGUUAAUGGUCAAUUUAUACAGUCAGUGAAAGUCUAUUUGCCGCAUUAGUAAUGGUUUCUUUCUUACAGUUUUCCGAGUUAUAAAUUCAAUUUUUAAUAUCAUCAGCUAAGUUUAAUGGAACUGAUUAAUAAUAUCUUUUUAGUUUAAUUAAUUAUAAGACUUUAUUUAUUCUUUAUUUAAUCUGUAGCAGUACCUGCAGAAAAGGAACCAAUGAGCCAUUUUUGUAAUUAUUGGGGCAAUAGUGCCGUAAUUUUAAUUUAUAAGAGUGAUAGUUUUUAAUUUUACAUUCCAUAUUUGUGAUUUCUCUCAUUUAAAUAUUUCCUAUCUCUACAGUAUGCUGAUUGUACACAAACCAGGUGCUCUUUUUAUUCAUAUUUUUUUAUAUGGUAAAGACAUUUUUAUAUUCUAUGCUUUUGAAAUCAAAAAAACUAAAAAAUAUUUGUUCUUUUUUAAUUUAGAAAGAAAGAAAUAUUUUGAUUAUAAAAAACUCGUGUUAAGAAUCUCCUAAAUUCAUUUUUUAUAGUUAUAUUUAAAAUAUGUUUAUUUUUCAUUCAUAAAUUGAACUAAUGAUAAAGACGCCUAAUAAUUUAUAAUUUCUAUUUUAAGUACAUCAUUUUUGAAUUUUCUA